AUGUCUUCAACUGCUGAUGAUUCCAAGUACUCAGUUUCCAGCACAACAACUGACGAAACUAGAAUAAACGAUGUCUCAGGGGCCAUCGAAAUAUGGGAACAAGGAGUUCUUAAAGAAAAGGAUGGAUCUAUGUCUGAUGCCAUAAAUUAUUAUAGAAAGGCAUUAAAGAUAGAUGAGAAUGUGGAGAAGAUAUAUAGAAAGAAACUACAUGUAGAAUGGGAAUUGCAAAAGAAACUUGAAGCACUGAAAUUAAUUGACGAUAAUAAUGAUAAAUCAGACGCUAUUGAUGAAGAUGAUGAAAAACAAGAAAGAGAAAAGAACAUUUUGCCAUGUUGGCUUUUGGAAAUGUUGCCCAAUGAUUUAUUAUUGAAAAUUAUUCAUCAUGUCGUUCUCAUGUCGGGUGAAUCUUGGUAUAAUUUAUCAUUGACAUGUUCACAUCUCAAUAAACUUUGCUUUCACGAUCUGUUACCUUAUCAAACAUUUGCCAAUUUUAUUUAUUCCAAGCAAACAUAUGAUAAUAUUGCAAUGGAAUUGAAUGGUAUGAGUAAUUUGCAAGAAGUUGAAAAAGAUAUUUGGGGCGAUGAUGUAAUGAUGAUGCUUCGAAAAAGACCCUUUGUAAAAUUUGAAGGUGUUUACAUUAGUGUUGUGAAUUAUUUAAGGUACGGAUCUAAUGCAGAAGGUUCCUCUUCAUUAUUGAACCCUGUCCAUAUGAUAACCUACUACAGAUAUUUUAGAUUUUAUGAAGACGGUACAUGUCUGAGAUUACUUACUACAGAUGAGCCUUCACAAGUGGUUAAACAUUUUUAUAAAGAGAGAAAACCUAAAGAUAGUCAUUUGUGUUCAUGGACUUUAGGUUUCGAUUACAACUUCGGACAAUUACAUGUUUCUAGAACUACAUCAAAAUAUCACUUUGUAGAAGAAUUUCGAAUUAGUAGUCAAGGAAAUAAAAGACACCAUAAAUUGAAAUGGAUAAAAUCUACAGUGGAAUCCAACGAUGGUUCAAUAUCAAAUUGUUCUCUAGCUAAUGAGAAAUCUUUCUCUUUUUCAAGAGUACGAAAGUUUGCCUAG